AUGCACCAGACAGUAUCAUCAGACAGGAUAGUCGACUGCGAUCCCAUCGCUUCGCAGUUGGCACCGUGCGUCCGUCCAUUCGAGGUCAUUACUACGGAACAAAGCACGUGGGAAAUUAUACAGUCAAAACAAUGGCUCAGAUGUGACGCCAUGAUAGUGGCAGCCGACCGUGAUGCUACACUAUUCGAAGAUAGCAACAUAAUACGCGAUCGUAUUUCCAACGCGCGGACGACGAGCUCCGUUAGUGCCAACGGGACUUGUCCGGCCGAUGCGGGACUCACUAUCGUCAGAUCGGACUGCCUCUCCACGCGACCGAUCCGCGUACGUAAAAGUUUUAAUUACCGCAAUUAUGUAAGGGAAUUUAUAGUUGGCGUUACAAUGCCCAUUGUCUCGGCCACUCCCACGGUUUGGGACACGUAUCUCGCCGGCGCUUUAUCUAGAUUUUCGGCGCGGGUCGCGACCUUGCAGCGAAGUGACCUUUCCCGUCCACGUCUCACUUCCAAAUGGCAGGUGUCGCACCUUGCGCGUUACUUCCGCCCACCUGAUAACACGGACUUGUUC